UAAACCAAGGUAUGCAGACAUGAGUCAUCAGAUUAUUGAGAUGUAGUUUGUGCCUGGUGUGCGUGUCAAGGAAAUUUUUAUAAAUUUACAAUUCAUAGCAGUUUUUAUACUUUGUUUUAGAUUUAAACUGUCAGUGUAUGGAGUACUACUAGUACAGUUACCCCACAUUUUCUUAUCAUGUUUUGUGUUUCAAUUAACAACCCUAUUUUACAGUCGUGAAGAUUUUUAAAUAAUUACUAAAUUUAUUUGCUUACUACCAAAUAGGACGAUAAAAGUCGACGAUAAAAGUUAGUGAACACAUAUUCCAUCUUGCCCCACCUCACAACCCAUCUUGCCCCACCUCAUAUAAUUGCCAAUGUUUUGUCAAACUUUAUGAUUUUCUUUGAUUAAAUAGAAGAAGAAGAAUGAGGUGAUGAGGAAUGACAACAAUUCCUUUAAAUAUAGGUCGGUUUACUAUGAACAGUGGUGCGAGGUAAAAUGGGACAUAUUUUCUUGACUUUUUAUCGUUCCAUUCGGUAGUAAACUAAGAACAAGUAUUAAAAACCGUAUUCUCACGACCAAAAGAGCGUUGUUAAUCGAUAAAGUCAAGAUUAGAAAAUAUAGCUUUUAGGUGCUAACUCUAUCCCAUCAUGCCCCACAGUACUUAAGCCGGUUUUUUUCAUGAACAAUAUGUCAAACUCAAGUUACAACGAAACUUUAACGUGGAAUGACGUCAAAGUACAGUGGAUGACGUCACUUAUAUUUUCUUCGCUCUCAAGUGUGGGGGUCCUGUAUUUGAUAAUUGCGAUGAUGGUGCAUUUGAUAAAGCAAGCAAAACGAUGCACAGAUAUUUUUAAAAGAAAAUGGAUUGAUUUAGUCAUUGUGUCGGCUGCGGUUGCAAUUCUGCUUUACGUUGUUCUUGAGCUACCACUUAUUACACGCCAGCAUGAACCUUAUUGUACAAUAUACGAGAAAACAAAAGUAGUCUGCUUCGGCUUUUCUCUAAUGUGCAUUUAUUCGGUUCUGUGGCUACGAAUGCUAAAGGCGUUUUACCUUAAACCAGCGACCGGGGAAAACUUGGGAAAAUCACUUCGCUUCUUCAGUCAAGUCACAUUCGCUUUGCUUGUUGCAAUGACUGUGAUAGACACGUCAAUUUUUCUUACUGCUUCACCUUAUCGUACAACAGCACUGGGUUGCGUAAAAUCUACAAAAUCUUCCCGUUCUGUUGCAAAGUGGAUAGCACUAAUUGUAACCACAACUUUGUGCCAAGGCUGCCUGCUGUUCUACUUUAUAUAUCCACUCUACGUGCAUCGCAAACGAAUGGGGAGACAUGGCAUUCAUUCAAAAUCCGUUCUGCCUUUGAUUAAAAGAUUGGUGGCAGUAUUAAUGAUGUGUAUCGCAGCUAACAUCGUUGGUUACACUUUCAUAGCAAUAUACAAGUCACCUACAGUGUACGUCACCAAUAUUGUGCUUGGAAGUAAUUUGGUUUUCCAUUUAGUGGCGCUAGUGUACUUGUUUCAGGAUUGGAAGCAAAGAUUGAAUCCAUUCAGUAUUAUUGCUAGUCGCCGCAAUGCAACAUGGGUAAUUUCUACAGAAGCAAGUGUCCAAAGUCCAUUAUCUAAAUCUAAACAUAGACAAACAAUCGCCUAAACUCUCACCUCUGUGGUUGAAUGUUUUCAAUUGAACGUCACAUUUAUCUCCAAAUGUUAUUAACGUAAUAUCGAAACUGUGGAAAUAAAUUAAAAUAUGCAAACAAAAAAGGGGCAAAAACUUAUUCCAAAUUAUUGUUUAGUUGAACAGUAAUUUGAGUCCAUUUGUUUAACUUUACAACGACAACAAAUAUUUCAUCACGUGUGUUGCAGACAGGCGAAAUAUUGUGACGUCAUAGUUGUUAAUAAUAGCAUUACAUUAUGUUCUGCAUUAUAACCGCAUGUGUCAAUAGAUUACUGAUAAUAUAUUAACGAAAGUUCGGUGUUCAUUUAAUAAUAAUAAAUACAUCGUAUUAUAAAA